AUGUCUCUCGCUACGCUUUCCAUCUUCACCAUCCUAUCCGCCUCUCUUACAUCAGCAACCUACAACAACGCACCUACACCCGUCCCCCUCCUACCCUGUCGCCCAUCCGUUCUCUUCGACAACUCCACCGACGACGCCACCUGGCCCUGGCACAUCUACCAAACGGCACCUGAAGCGCACCCCCCGUAUUCGAAAUCCUCUGGAACGGCGAGGCCCUCGAGCCCGGCUCCAUCGCACUCACCCCCGUGA